ACAAACAUCACUUUUAACUUCAAACCCCAAAACCCAAUUGCUAAUUCAAAAACACUUCUCUAAAACAAUUGAUACACCCUCUUAAUCCUAUCAUAUAUACCAUACCAUAUCAUAUUCAUAUUUGAUUCAAUUUCAAACACAGCAUCAUCAUCAUGAUGCAAAUGGAGGAUAAUCUACUUCCUCUCUUCUUCACCAUAGCAGCUGCACUAUCCGCAUACUUCCUCUGGUUCCAUCUCCUCACUCGAAACUUCACCGGUCCAAAGGUGUAUCCUUUCGUGGGCAGCGUCCCGGUUCUGUUCAUGAACCGGAACCGUGUCCACGACUGGUUCACCUCGAACCUUUGCAAAGCCGGAGAUUCAGCCACCUACCAAACCUGCAUCCUCCCCUUCCCUUUCUUGGCCCGCAAGCAAGGUUUCUACACGGUCACCAGCCACCCGAAAAACAUCGAGCACAUCCUCCGAACGCGGUUUGACAACUACCCGAAAGGACCCCGGUGGCAGACCGCCUUCAACGACCUCCUCGGCCACGGAAUCUUCAACAGCGACGGCGAAACCUGGCUUGUCCAGCGCAAAACUGCCGCGCUCGAGUUCACCACUCGGACGCUCCGCCAAGCCAUGGCCCGGUGGGUGAACAGGACCAUCAAAAACCGGUUAUGGUGCAUUCUUGAUAAAGCCGCAAAGGAGAAAGUUCAAGUGGAUCUUCAAGACCUUCUUCUUCGCUUAACAUUUGACAACAUAUGUGGACUCACCUUCGGUAAGGACCCGGAAACGCUCUCGCCGGAUCUACCGGAGAAUCCGUUUUCCGUGGCGUUUGACACCGCCACUGAAACCACCAUGCAGAGGCUCUUAUACCCAGGUUUGAUCUGGAGAUUUCAGAAGUUUUUUUGCUUCGGUGCGGAGAAGAAACUGAAGGAGAGUUUGAAGAUUGUUGAAAAUUACAUGAAUGAAGCCGUUUCAGCUCGUGAGGCAUCUCCCUCUGAUGAUCUUUUAUCGCGGUUCAUGAGGAAACGCGACACCGCUGGGAAACCGUUUGACGCGGCGAAGCUGAGGCACAUCGCACUGAACUUCGUCCUCGCCGGGAGGGACACGUCGUCGGUGGCGCUGAGCUGGUUUUUCUGGCUAGUGAUGAACCACCCGCUCGUGGAGGAGAAAAUCGUCUUGGAGUUAGCGGCGGUUUUGACAGACACUCGCGGCGAGGAAACGGGGAAGUGGGUGGAGGAGGCGGUGGAUUUUGAGGAAGCUGAUAGGCUGGUUUAUUUGAAGGCGGCGCUGGCGGAGACGCUGCGGCUGUACCCCUCCGUGCCGGAGGAUUUCAAGUAUGCUUUAAACGAUGAUGUUUUGCCGGACGGGACGGUGGUUCCGGCGGGUUCGACGGUGACGUAUUCAAUAUACUCGGUGGGGAGGAUGAAGAGUGUGUGGGGGGAGGAUUGCAUGGAGUUUAAACCGGACCGGUGGCUUUCGGUUCAAGGAGACCAGUUCGAACCGCCCAAGAAUGCAUACAAUUUUGUGGCGUUUAAUGCUGGACCGAGGACCUGUCUGGGGAAGGACCUGGCUUACCUGCAGAUGAAGUCUGUGGCCGCUGCUGUGCUGCUGCGAUACCGUUUGGCGCUGGUUCCCGGUCACCGGGUUCAGCAGAAGAUGUCCCUCACACUCUUCAUGAAGAACGGCCUCCCUGUGUUCUUGGAGCCGCGUCAGCUUCAACCAGUGCCAGCGGAGCUAGUCACCUCUGCAUAGAAGGGGCGAUGAUACAAAAGCAUUCACUUUCUGCCAAACAUUCUUUAAUCAUGUCACUUUGUAGUGGUUUUUAACCGCAACAGUUUGUUUGUGACGGUUAACCUUCACAAAGUAAUAUGUUUGAAGAAUGUGAAGAGAAGUGAAUCUCAACACUUUCCGGUAGAAGAAGGGGUUAUCUACUGUUUUGGUCAUGCACAGUAACAAGGACUAUAUGGUCAUUUUAUGUGUUUUUAUAUGUUAUUUAUCAUUGUUUUGGGAGGGUGAGUUUGUUCCACUGUUAAGUUGGUGUGUCAAACUUGAGUCUAAGUUGCUCAACUAAAGUGGUAAAGUGGUGUCAUUAAUUUGUUGUUUCUGUUCCAUCUCAGAAGAUAGGGGACUUCAUACUGUGUUAAACUGUUAAUCAAUAAAUCAAUCACACAAAUAUAUAUGAUAUCAUUUUUUAUUUUCAA